UGAAGCCUCUGUUGCCUGUUAGAGAUUAUUGAGGCGGCUGGAAAGCGAAUUCACGCUUUUGGUUUUCUUUCUUAGGCUGAUAGAUUUGGCUUUCUGUUGUGUAUGUUUUUGAAAUCUCACACUGGACAUAUUCAGAUAUCAUUUACUCGGACAGGAAUAUCGGAUGGUCAUACGGGACAAUUGAAUUUGUUUUCAGCACGGGCUGUACUGGAGGAUUUGAACGCCAGGUUACAAGCGCAUCUUCUUAAGCUUCUGACAGCGAAUGUAGCCUAUUACACAUUGGAUUCAACUUCAGGAAAGUUUAACAUUUUCUCGGAAGCAAGCCGAUUUAGUUUCUACCUAUAUUGUGGGAUGCGCUCGAAUUGUGCUGGAGAAUAUUUCGAGACUCAAAGAAAUACAACAUCGUGGACGUUUUGAAUUUCUGUUCUGUUGUCAAAUACAAGAAUAUGCUGACUUUAAAUUAAUUUAUAAAAAAAUAAGCAUCUCUAUUUCAUAUCUUAACUAUUUAAUCCCCUUAAAAUCUGCCAAGCCAAAUCUACAACAUUUUUUGCUAUAAUGUCCUGGAGCUGAGACUGGAAAUAAAGGACUGUCUCCGAACGUGUAGAAGAGCGGUUCGGGUUGUCGGAACAUGAAGUCAGUUACCGGUCUGUUUGUUGUAAGUGUGUUGCUGUGUUCAACGAUCUCGUCCUGGAGCGCGACUGUCAGCAGCUAUGGAGCAGACAUUUCUAGGCUUGCUUCCCCUGAUUUUAGCGGCGUAAAUAACUUCAGCACCUUCCUGUUGGACCGUGAGUCUGGGAUGCUCUACCUUGGUGCGCGGGAUGCGGUCAUCGCUGUGGAUACUGCUAAUCUAUCAAAGAGGAAGAUGAUUGAGUGGAGUGUUCCAGAAGAAAAGAGGAAAUCUUGUGUUGCUAAGGGAAAAACAGAGGACGAUUGUAAGAACUACGUCCGUCUGCUGGAGUUUUUGGGCGAUGGACACAUAUAUGCCUGUGGGACGUUCGCCUUUGACCCCCAAUGUGCAUUUAUUAACAUCUCUUCAUUCUCUCUGGAGAAACAUGAAGAUGGUAGCAUGAAGAUGGAGACGGGGAAGGGGAAAUGCCCUUUUGAGCCCAGCCAGCAUUACACAGCAGUCAUGGCAGGAGGGAUCCUUUACACUGCUGCCACAAGUAACUUCCUUGGCACAAUGUAUGACAUUUCCAGGGCAACAGGCAUCGAGCAGGAACGCAUCCGCACUGAACAAUCAAUCAACUGGCUUAGUGAUCCAGAGUUUGUCAGUUCUGCCUUCAUCCAAGAGGAUGAGAAACACAAUCCUACUGGUGAAGAUGACAAAAUUUACUUUUUCUUCACUGAAGUAGCUAAAGAAUAUGACCUUUACACCAAGAUUAAAGUGCCACGAGUUGCUAGAGUCUGCAAGUCUGAUGUAGGUGGUAUGAAGACUCUGCAGAGGCGGUGGACGACAUUUCUGAAGGCCCAGCUGGUGUGUGAAGAUCGAGCAAGUGGACAGCGAUUUAACGUUCUGUCUGAUGUGUUCACUGUACAGCACCAGCCUGGAGACCCCAGCAGCACACACUUCUAUGGCAUAUUCACCUCACAGUGGGAAAGAGAGGAGCUGUCAGCUGUGUGUGUGUACAGUCUGGAGGAGAUAACUAAGGUGAUGAAUGGACCCUUUAAAGAGCUGAAAAAGACCUGUGAGAACUGGAUUAACCCAGAGCCCAUACCAACACCCCGACCAGGACAGUGUUUGAAUAGUGCUCUGAAGGAGCUGGGCUUUGAGUCCUCCUUGAAGCUGCCUGAUAAAGUGCUGACAUUCGUGCGUGAUCACCCGCUUAUGGAGAACAGUGUGGUGGCAGCACCCCUGAUGAUCAGAAAUGGCAUCACAUAUACUAAACUUGCUGUUACCUUACCAAUGGCCUCCAGUGGCCUGAAGCAACACAUGACCACUGUUUUGCACCUUGGAACAGAUCAUGGAGAGCUGCACAAAAUCGCUGUAGUUGGUCCGAAUGCAACUCUUAUUGAAGAAGUCCCUCUGUUUUCUGCACAGGAGCCAGUGAAUAACAUAUUGCUAUACAAAGACGAGGCUCUGGUGGGCACUCCUCUCUCUCUGGUGAAGUUACCCAUAGUGGAUUGUUCUCUGUACUCUACCUGUGAGGUGUGUGCACCUGCCCGAGGUCUUGGCUGCAUAUGGAGGCACAAAGAGGGAGCUUGUGCUAUAAUAAAGCCUGGUAAAGUUGAAGAAGCAGAAGAUUUGGUCAGGCAAUGCACCAAAGGUGAAGGUCUUUGCUCCCCACCUGUAAUUGAAAUGCGUGUUGAAAAGGGUCUGCGUGUCUUGCUUUCUUGCGUGCAAGUGUCUCCUCGUCCCUGCCGCUGGGACCGUCCUCCACAUAGUCACACUCGCCGCCACAACUACGACCUGGAGGUGCAAGUCACGGCGGAGAGCGUGGGCACCUACGUGUGUCUAUGUGAUGAAGUGGGCAGAGAUCAGCCACCCUGUCGCAGAGCAGAGUACCAGUUGACCCUUGACAACCCCAGCAUGGGGGGGAACGUGGCCAUUGCAGGUGGCCGACACUUCCUGGCCUCGCACAUAAUUUUUUUCGUUGUAGGUUUUGUAUUGGGUGGCAUCCUGCUGUUUAUGAUUUACAAACAGCAAGGCAGCAUGAGAGGGGGCGGGCACUCAUCAUCCACAUUGGAAAAGGGUCGGGACUUGCUUGCUUCUACAGACACACCACAGUCUCCAAGCAGUGCCAGUCUGUUGUCAGAGGCAGUUCCACUAACCGAGAAAAGGAAUGGGACACUGAACGGUCACGGACACAAUAUGGACCCUGGCGGGUACAACGGCAGGCAUAUUUAUGCCAACUCCAGUGGAAUAAAACUGCAGGAAUCAGCUGUGAACCUUGCAGAGGAGCUGGAUGGUAGAGAAAGGGCGGGACCAGACGGGGAGGAGGAGGGAUUUGGGGAUGGGCUAAGUGAGAUGGAGGAGGAGUUUUCUAAGAUGCCUUGUCUAAGAGGAGCACCUCUGGCACAGUGUGAAGAAAGCUCUAUCUGAAGUCCAGCACAUGUGAUUUUUGAGACUAAACUCUGUGAAAGGUUCACAAACACAGAUGGAGGGCUAGAGGAGAAGAGGAAAGCAGACAAUCCAAGAAACUGAUACACAUUCCAAAUAUACGAUUAACAUACGCAGUCGCACAAAGAAGCACACAAACAAAUAAACUGCAUUUGCUGGAGGCUCCUCUACUACUCCAUUACAUUACCGUCCAGUCCAUUCACUCCUGUGUACAUGCUGUGUAAAUCCAUUUCUAUCCUAGUUUUUCUGCAUGUAUUUGAUCAGACGAAUGGGCACUUUUGUGUACCAUCCUCAAAGCCAUGCACACCCACAUGGAAAUACACAGUCUGUGCAUCUGUGUGUGUGCAGUUCUGUAGUUGCUCAGUCUGUUUCCUCUUUGAGGAUUCAAAGUCCAAAAGGUCUUUCAAAGGGGAAUGACCCGUCCACAGCCCAGAGCAGCACAAAGUCAGGAAGAAUCUGCUCAUUCUGGGCCCAUUACUGAAAUAAAAUAUUUAUUCAGGGAUGGAUUGUGGAGUCCCUGCCAGAGAAAGGGGCACAAAGGGGCCCUCAGAGCAUACAGGAGGAGCUGACUCCCUGGCCCCUUUGGUGUAGGAUAUAUGACAAAAAUGACUGAAAUAGACCACCAUAGAGUUUGCCAAGGGGCCUCAUGGGGCCAUGUUUCGGUCCUGACCUAUAGUACCCAAUUUUGAAUGAAGAGAGAAAAUGAGUAACAAAACCAGUUAGCAAAUUCUCCUGUAGGAGAGAGCAUGUCAGACCUGUGAACUGAUAUUAGAUAGUGAAAAUUGGACUGUACCACUGCAAUAUAAGUUAGUCACAUUCAGAGCAAGGGAGUUGUUCUUCUCUGAAAUGGGGCUGGCAGUGUUUUGUGGUGUUACGAGUAGCAAUCAAACCACUUCCAUCUGUAUAGGGACCAGAUGUAGCAUGUUCUGUUCAUAAUAUUCUGGACAGACAAAGGACCACAAGAUGAUGGAUGUCACUUUAUUGUUUAGCAUGGAUGCUUAUUGAAAUUACAAGGAAAUCGUCAAAAUGGAAAUGAAGAGUGAAGGAUUUAUAAUUGAUACAUAAUUAUUGAUUGGUUUGAGUUUCCCUUUAAGGACAGAGAAUGUGCCUCAUUUGAAGGUAUAUGUAUUCCCAGUAAAGUGCAUGAUACAAAGUAGCCAUGAAUACAGAGUUAAAGAUUUGUAAUGCAAUGAUCAUGGGCUACAGGUUAACCUAAAGCACUCCUAGUACAGAGAGUGUUCUGUUUGUUCCAGGAGUAUGUAAAUAUAUGUGAAUAUAAAAGAAAAAAUGAGUAAGAUCUUUAAAAAUAUGUUUUUUUUAUUCUGUCUUUUCACCACUUGUUGGGUGGGGUCGGGGGGAUGAGUUGGGCUCUUCCUAAGUGUCAAACAGUCCCUCUGCGAGCCUAAAUGCUGGACCACAUUUAAAUGCCAUUUCCUGCCUUUUUCCAUUAGAAUAACUUGGAUAUACUCCCAUUCUCCAUUUAUUUAUUUGGCAGUUUCUUUUUAAAUAAUUCUAACAUUGUCAAAGUGAAAGUAACACUCUGGAUUAUGUACAGUAUAUCUUGUCUUCUAAAUCUCUUUGUCAGCACUCAAUAAAAUAAUGAUAACAGGUACAUUCAACUCCAUAAACUCAUUUACAAAAUCCUGAUCUUCUUUUGAGUUUAUAGUGAUAGUUUAAAAUAAACCUUCAACCCUCUCAAUGUACCAUAGUAAAUCUGCUGUAGUUAAACUUGUCCACAUGGUUGUAUGUUAAUAUUAUUGCAAAUAACGGAUCAUUUAGUGUUACAUGCUCUUUGUUUUUCCUGAAUAAAGAAUUAUGUUAAUUAAUGUACAGAUAUGUUGUAUUCUAAGUU